GGGACUUCGUCGACAGAGUGAAGUCCACAAGAACAUCACUAUGAAGCUGCCCUUCCUCGUCGCCAUUUUGCUUUCCCUGGUGCAUUCUGGGAACUCUCAGAAUGUGGAAAUUGAUCCCUGCAUCAUAGGACAUGACGUCAUUGUCAUAACUGACGUGCGCACUGAUGACGAGGGCAAAAUCUUGGAACUCUUGAAUUUCUUUGGAGAGAUGGCGGACCUGGUAGAGAGGGAAGACACGCGGUUUUACGUGCUUGGCUACCCUCGGAUUUACACGAGCUCUCGGACGGGGAGCCAAACAACGACAUCUACUUACCUCCAUCGAAAGCACCAGGUUAGAACCGUGCAGAGCUUCAUGCAGUCGUCGAUCGACGACCGGAGCACCCACCCAGAUUUCAACGUCGCGUUGCGUCACGUUGAAGACUUGCUGGACAACAGCGUUAGGAGCUAUGCCCCCAAAACCGUCAUCAUCUUCUCGUACAAUCGCUACCAUCCGCCGAUCACCAGCUCCGAAGAGGCGGAUUUAGAGGAGGCCCUGGAGACCCCCAGUAAAGUCAUCAUGGCGCGCUUGGGAGAGUCGAUCAAGAAGAAGGCCAACGUGCUCAUCUACGCCAUAGGUACCUUCGACAACGAGUUCGAGCUGUACGACUUGGCCUCUUGCCGAGAUCCCAGAUGCAUCUUCAAAGUGGACGACUUUAGCAGUCUGUCCAUGAGUCACGUUCUCAAAGGAUGUCCUGCUAAGUAAAGAGAUCUGCUGAUUGAAAUCAUUCAUUGCUUUUAUGAUGAACUAAAUUAUUCAUGUAAAAGUUGAAAUUAAACGA